CUUAAGUCAACCACAAUAGAGAAAUAUGCAUUUUCUCCAAAUUUGCUUACUGUUCUUAGUAGGUGCAAUUACAUCAACGAAUAGUUUAUAUUCACGACAAUCACAUCGGUAUUCAGACAUUAAUUUUAGUUUUCGAAAAACCAGCCGCGACCUGUUAUCCGAUCCAUCUAUGUCACCAAAUGGAUUAGGAGGAGGAAUAGGAGAUGUUGGCCCCAAAUGUAACUAUGAAAACAUGGAGCUAAAUAUCGGGGAAAAAUAUCAGCCUCCAAAUAGUUGCCUGGAAAUAAGUUGUGCACCGGGAGGAGUUACCAGAUAUGGAAAUUGUGAACCGAUUAAUGUGCCUAGCAAUUGCAAAAUGGGGUUGAUGGAUUUAAGUAGACCUUUUCCAUAUUGUUGCGUGAGAGAAUUGAUUUGCUUGAAAUAAAUAAAAUCAAAUUAA